CAGGUCGCUCUCAGUUGAACGACGGAUUUCGGCUUGGACGCGCGCGUUUGACCUGCGGUGUUGUGAAAGCUAGACCAGGAAGCUAUUGCUAUCUCUCCGGUGUGAAUCGAGGCUUGCCACACUGCUUUGUGUGAACUGCGUUGUUGUGUCUCUAUCAGGAGGACUAUCCGGGAAAUCUUCGCGUUGUUCUGUUUUUUGAUUUCGGAAAAAAAGUGAAAACUACCGAUUACCGACCAGAUAGUGAGCCAUUGUCGCGUCGGGGAAGAUGAUGUUGAUGAUGAUGAAUAAUCCAGAUCAGCAAUAAGAGAGUAUUAUUUACAACAGUGCGCUCAAGUAGCUUUGUGUUUCAUUUACUAGAUCAGAUUGUGCAGCAUCAGCCCCUUUGUGGAAAACAGCGCAUAAAAAGCGCCAAGCGGGAAUUGUUCUGAGUGUUCAUUGUGUCGUCGCCGUUUUCCGCUGUCGAACAACGUGCGAGUGUCGAGAGGGUGGCAUAUUUGCUGUGGCGGAUGCUGAUGCUGCGCUGACGAGAGAAUAGUGAGUUCGUACACAAAUAUAAAUGAGUAGGAUUUCGAAAAAUCUGCAGAUGUGCAACUAAAACCGUAAACGACGACGACGCCGACAACCACACAACGGGAACGAGGACGAAAAGAGGACAAAAGUGGAAGCGCAGAAGUGAUUUCGUUUUAAGUCGACAACACAGCACGAGGGUGUGUUGUAGGGUUUUUCAAAUCUGUGGAAAUCUCUGUGACGAGUGACGAGCUGAGGACGACGACGACGACGAGGAGUGCAGAGUUCAAAGCUAAAUAUUUAACACAAGUUGGGCACGGUGCUUGAAGUAGCAACUGUGAUUACUGAAACUGUUACUGUGGAUGCUGCAAUUUCCGUUGUGUUGGUGCUCAAUAAAUGUUUCGGAAAGUGCAAUUCUCAAAGAUCUCAUCGUACUGGAAUUUGAACUAACACUCAACUACAAUCAACAAUACGUAAAUGUGAAUCAAUUCUAUAAGUACUAGAAGCAACCAAUCAACGCAACAUUAGUUUUUAAUAAUUCAUCUAGACCAGUGCAAAAACACCCGUAUCAAUGCAAAGCCAAAGAACGAAAUUCAAUCUGUGAUUUUUGUUUUGUGUUUUACUUGAGUUUUUUUUUCUGUCUGAAGCAAAAAUAGCUUGUUUGAAAAUCAAAUCGAGAAACAAAGAAAAAAAUUGAAGACCGCUGCCAAGUCCCUGUCAUUGCCUGACAUAAAUAACAAACUUUCGACGAAAAAGAAACAAUAACAACAACUGCUUAGUGGAAUUCCGCGGCAAACGAAAGCAACAAUCAACACCCACCACCACCACCACCAGCGAAAAUGUUGAUGCAAGUAUCACCGGAUGCGGCCGAUGCGCUAGCGCUAGUGCCCUCGGCGGGGACACCCACCACCGGUGUGCAGCAAAAGGACACAACCUGGACGAAGCUGUUCGUCGGCGGCCUGCCCUAUCACACCACCGACAAAAGCCUGCGGGAGCACUUUUCCGUCUACGGGGACAUCGAGGAAGCGGUGGUGAUAACAGACCGAACGACGAACAAGAGCCGGGGCUACGGAUUUGUCAUCAUGGGCGACAGAAUGAGUGCGGAACGAGCGUGCAAGGAACCGAACCCCAUUAUCGAUGGCCGGAAAGCAAACGUUAAUUUGGCAAUCCUUGGCGCGAAACCCCGAGGCAACGUUACCCCCGGAUUCCCCUUCACAGCGGCAGGCCUCCGGACAGGAUAUCCUGUGCUACCGAGCCAGUUUGGAGUGCAACAGUCGUAUUUCUAUGGGACGCCAUAUCUGGGAACGACAGCUGGGACAACAGGAGCUGCGGCAGCUGCUGCCUCUGGGUUGAUGCCAAUACCCGCUACUCAACUGUCACACGCCGCUGCGAUUGCGGCCGCAACUAGUCAAUUUUAUGAGUACCAGAAUGCCGUUGCAGCCGCAGCCGCUGCCCCCUACCCUGGCCAGUACAGUGGGUUUGAAGCGUACCCGUACGCCACCGCUGCCGGUGCUACAGGGGCUGCCGCAGCUGCCGCGCAAUACAUGGCAGCACCGUAUACAUAUGCAACACUUCCUCAAGGAGCCGCUGCCGCCGCAGCUGCGGCCGGUGGGUUUCCUGGAUUGUCGCCAUACCAGAACGCAGCUGGUGCUGCGGCCGCAUCCGCACUUCAAGAGGCAAGACUUCAAUAAUAUUUACCGAAAUCGUCCUCUACCUUGUCGCUAUUGGCCCUGCUAGGCGGCGGAGUCGACAAACUUUGAAAAUCGCCCGGGCGAUGAACUCCACUGGCAACACUGUCGAGUCGAGACAUGUUAUCAUCACAACAGAGACACUGAGAGCAGCAACAGCUAGAUUAGCUAGGCAGUUCUUUUUUAUACAUAGAUAUUAUCUAGUACUUAUGCAAAUAGUAGCUUCUAAGUAACCAAUUAUUUACUUAUCGAAAGAUUAUUAUUAUUGAUAUUAAAAACAUAAAUUACCCUAUUUAUUAUAAAUUAGUUCGUACGGUCAAAACUUAUUAUUUACUAAGUAAUGAAAGAAAACGACAAAGCUCAACACUAAGACAUAUGAAAGGUAAAAAUUAAAUAAAAUCCUUCAAUUAUUAUUAUUAUUAUUAUCAUUACUAUCAUUAUUCAGAAAAAAGGAAAACUUAGUUGUAAAUUAUUCUAUCACAUAUGGAAAUGGUAUGGAACUAUCAUUGCAAUAAACAUAUUUCAGACAUUUCCUUUCUAUCGAACAAUAAGCGAAUCAAUAUAAAAGCAAUACAUUUCACGCUACAACACAAGAAGGAACAAAAAAUCAAUCGUGAAAAGCGGCAAAUCUUUACUUAUACUCAAACGAGUAAUUUCAAAGAAAUCUAAUAUAUUUUAUGAUAAAGAACAAUAAAAACAUACGCAUCUACUCAUAAAUCCUUCAUAUUAGGAAAAUUAUUUCAAUUUUGAAAAAAAAAUUUGAACACACCAAGUUGGCUGAUGUAAGACUCGGAAAACAUAUUACUUUAUUGCCGAUUAAACCUUAGUGAUAUUUAUCAAUUAUAAAGUCUACUAUUAACAUACUAAAAGAACUAUUUAUACACUGAAUAAAGAUACAACAGAAAAUUCACCGAAGUUUGCGACGAAGUGUUCUGUUAAGUGUUGGAAGCUUGAAUGCAAAAUUCUUCUUGGAAAACACGAAUAAUACCAAACUAAAAGUAAACAUUUUCAAAUUCGUUUACUGUAGAACUCAUUUCCUACCAACCAAAUCAUCACCAACAACUUUUUUUUUGUUGAAUAAUUGCUAGCAAAACAAAUAAAAAAAACAUUGGAGCGAAGAAGGGAAAACAAAAUGAAUCGAAAUCUAGUCAAAUGUUUUGUGUGUGGAUUAUUUAUUUUGUUAAAUAGGUUGUAUUUAGUAAAAGGAAAAAAACAAGCCCCUCCUCAACCCCGAACCCGCCCAAACUUCCCAGGCCGCUUAAGUAAAUAUGAUUUCAUUUGGUUCGUAUCCUGAGUUAGAACAGCCAAUCUUAAAUUGCCGAAAGCCGUUGAACAUUCGGUCGAAUAAAGAGGCUUUUCAGAACUGACAAGGCACAUAGAAGAGAGUCGAGUAGCAGAAGAAUCCUAACCUCAACGUAUAUUAAUUAAUAGUAAUUGAUAACAAUAGCUUAGAGCCAUACCAAAACAAUAACAAUCGAAAGCGCAGCAAGUGGUGGUGAAUCGACGCUGGAAGUUUGCAAAUGAAUCAAGCAAGAAAUCUUAUCAAAAAUCGUGCCUUUUCGUGCUAAAGAGAAACAGGAACAAAAAAAAUAUGGGAAAUGUAAAAAAACGAUGGCACCACCUAACAACAACCCCCCGAGUAAUCUCAAUCUUUUUUCCGUAUUGCAUAGCAUUUUAUCUGCAAAUCAAUGUGAGAAAAAUGAAGGAAGCGCACCACCUACAAUUUUGACAAUAUAGAGUUUAAUUAUUGAAACUAUAUGGUCGAGAGGGAUCAUAAAAAUUGUUUUAAACAACCCCCCCUAAAAUCAGAAAAUAGAAUGAAAACACGUAUUUUAGCGAAAACUUUUAGCUCGGUUUCGUAUCUCAUACUGAUGCAAAAAUCUAUUACACCGUUCGUAAACUUGCAACACUUGAUCAGCGAAGAAUCUCAUCAACUCAGCGUGUAAAUACCGUAAACGUUAACAUCUUUUUAAAUGAUAGAACUGAAAGGAGCCCAAACAAUUUUCAAAACUUUUCUUUUACUUCUUUUUCCAACCAUCCACCGAAACAUAAUCUUCGGAUAGCAGCAUUAGUUGCGGAAUGCUAACACGAAGAUCUUGAGAAGCUUGAAUUUCGAAACGAAGAAUAGCAAUUCAAUUUAUAGUAGCGGUUAAGUUUAAAGAAAAAAAACACUGAUGCUAAAUCGUAAACACUUAUUGAACAAGAAGGAAUCUCAUUAUAUUGCAAUUGAUAAAUUAACAAAAAAAAAAUACUAAUUCAACAAAUUGAAACAAAUGAGCCGCAUUUUGCGGACGCUAUUUUUAAAAAAGAAACACUGUAUAGCUAUGGAUAAUGAAACAAAAAACGAAUACUUGUUUAAGGGAAGAAAAGUAUUUUAUACUUGAAAAAUGAAGAAAAUCAACAAAAAAAUACACAAGUUAAAAAGGAAACGAUUCUGAAAGUGGAGACGAAAUAUAUUAAGCAUAACAUCAGAAGAAAAUAUCAAUUAUUUUAGUACUAUAAAAGAGAACAAACACAAUUAUUACAAUUGAACAUAAACAAACGAAGAAACAAAAUUGAACAUUCAACUCAAAUUACCAAGUGGAACCAAAAACAAACAUAUAAGUGAAUACAGUCUAACACAGAUACAAAUUACACAUACACACACUCAUUUUGACGCGAUAGAAAAAGUAAGCGGUGCGAGGGAGGUAAGCCUAGCCGCAAAGCUUUCUGGCUCUGUCAUGCGUCAUUCUCAUCAGAAAAAGUAAACGAUUAGUAACUAAACUACAUAUUACGAGCAAGAGAAAAGAGCUACAAAGAAAAAGAAUAAAAACAUGCGAUGGAGUAACAUGGCAACAUGGAAAUAAUUAUUAUACAAGAUUAGAAGGUAUAUAUUUAAAAUAAAAGAAACCUAUACAAAACUGA